CUUAGCUAAUCCACAGACCCACACCUGUAUUCACCGACCCACCGACCCACUGCUACUGCUUCACGAUCAAGCUAAUACAAAACGGAGGAUAAAAUGUCGUGGCAAACUUACGUAGACGAACACUUGAUGUGCGACAUCGACGGCCAAGGCCAGCAUCUCACCGCCGCUUCCAUUGUUGGCCACGAUGGUAGCGUAUGGGCUCAGAGCUCCUCUUUCCCUCAGUUCAAGCCCCAGGAGAUCACUGACAUCAUGAAAGAUUUUGAGGAGCCAGGUCACCUUGCCCCUACAGGUCUACACCUUGGGGGCACAAAGUACAUGGUUAUCCAGGGAGAGGCUGGAGCUGUUAUCCGUGGAAAGAAGGGAUCAGGAGGGAUCACCAUAAAGAAGACUGGUCAAGCUCUUGUUUUUGGCAUCUAUGAGGAACCUGUGACUCCAGGACAGUGCAACAUGGUCGUGGAGAGGUUGGGGGAUUACCUCGUUGAUCAGGGGCUGUAGGCCUAGUCUAUCACAAUUUAUCACAUUUCUUUUGUGGGGUUACAAGUACUGUUUUUGUUUCUUUUUUCUAUUUGUUUUUGAUCUCUGGUUCCAAGUUUGCACCUUCUUCUGUUGAAAGCCUUGAAUUGGCUGUGAAAGUGUUGCAGACAAUAACCAUGUGAGAACUAAGUUGGUUGUUUGAUGUUCGCCUGUUUUGAGUUGCAUUACCUCGAUAAGAAAAAAAAAAUCUUGAUUUAAUGUGUA